UUCUGUUCUAAAACCACGUGAUAAAUUGUCUGUUCCCGGAUCUGUUGUGUAGCUGUGUGCGUGUGAGCUGUUGUUUAUCUACAACCACAUUGUUAACUCGUCGUGGAUCGAGCCGUGUGCUCCCCGCAGAGGCAGACAGCUGAUGAUGAUGAUGAUGAUGAUGAUGAUGAUGAUGAGCCUGUUUUAUUUAAAGCGCUGGGGAAGCGGAAGCCUGGCCUGCUGUGUGUUAUCAGCUGAGAGCUAGCACCGAGCUGAGCAGCAUAUCUUCAGCUUCUGAUGCUGGUUAUUCACACCUUUAACUAUAAUGAAACGACAAGGAAAUACGAGGCUGUCAGGGCGGUAGUACUCACCACAGGAGGAAGACAUCGGUAAGAAGAAAAAGAGGAGGAAAAAGAGGAAGAAGAGAGGAAAAUAAGGGAGAGCAGAGUUUGUGCUUUCUGCUCCUUGAAGCAACCUUCGCCGCUAACCCUUUACGCCCCCGAAUCUACGGCUAGCAUCUGGACACUGUAACCAUGACGACAGGGGGGUGUUGCCACCUGCCCGGCUCUCUGUGUGACUGUGCCAGCAGUACAGGAGCUGGGAAGAACGUUGAGGAAGCGGGUGGGGACGGGUGCCAGGCGCUCUACGUCACCCAGGUCACAGCCAUAGAUGGACGGUUGCUGUCGUCUGUGCUCAAACCCGUGGGCACGCAAAGCGAUGGUCCCAUCUGCCGUAUUUGCCAUGAAGGUGGCAACAGUGAGGGUCUCCUGUCCCCAUGCGACUGCACGGGCACCCUGGGCACAGUACACAAGAGCUGCUUAGAGAAGUGGCUGUCGUCUUCCAACACCAGCUACUGUGAGCUCUGCCACACGGAGUUCAGCAUCGAGCGCCGACCGAGGCCUCUCACAGAGGUAACAAAGUGGCUGCGGGACCCCGGCCCUCGUAAUGAGAAGAGGACACUGUUCUGUGACAUGGUGUGCUUCCUGUUUAUCACGCCCCUAGCAGCCAUUUCGGGCUGGCUGUGCCUGAGCGGCGCUCAAGACCAUCUUCAGCUGGGGAGCUGGCUGCAGGCUGUGGGUCUCAUAGCCCUCACCAUCGCCCUCUUCACCAUCUACGUCCUCUGGACCCUGGUAUCUUUCCGCUACCACUGUCAGCUGUACUCUGAGUGGAGAAGAACAAAUCAGAAAGUACGUCUGCUCAUUCCUGAAGCCAAGGAUUCUAACUCUUCCCAGCAUUCCUUGCUCUCUACCAAACUGAUGAAGAAGUCCGCCAAUGAGAGUAUAGUAUGAGAUCAAAUGAAGAUGACCACAAUAAUGGUGCCAUUUACUUAUGGGGGAUGAUACUCGGUGCAUCAUGACUUUCAACAAGCACUUGUGGGUGUUUUUUGUUGCGUUUUUUCCCCCCUUUUUUUUCUUCGACCUAUCAAUACUUAAAUCUUCACUUGACAUUUUUAAGAAGCGCUCCUCCUGUGAGUGCAGAAAUGAGCACAUUUAAAUGGAGUCCGUCAGUCCUCAUGCUGGGUUUUCACUAAGCUUAUGCAAAGGCACUAAAGAAUGGAAGAGCAUAUGAAGAUGUGCAGAGGAAACAUGGGAACAGUCUGAUCAUGUUGGAUGUGAUGUAAACAUUAGCUAGCAGUGAUACAAGAAUAAGGAAUGACCAAAACUAACUUGUUUAGUGGACUUGAAAUGUAAUGAUUGUUCUGUUGCGGUUCAAUCGGUGGUCCACAGACUGCAGAGUCAGCUGCAGUGAUGAAUGAAUGAUGAUGAUGAUAAACUGCUAGAUACAUGUCAUAUCAGGGCACGCACAACACCUACUUAGGCCUUGCAUUCUCUGCACAACAUUACCCAUCGAGGAGCUGAUUCCAUAUUAAUCUGUGAAGGAAAAACGAGAAGCUCAGAGCUUCCAUUUAUUUACAUUUCACAAUCCAGAUGGCAGUUCGCUGUCUGAGAUGAAACUAAAGGACCAUGAAACUAUUAUCUUGUUGGACCUCUUUCAAGGUUUUUUUUUUUUCUGCACCUAUUGUCACAUCUCAUCCGAGAGCGGAUGGCAGCAUAACGUUAGAGAUUGUGCAAUAAAACACUGUGGACAUUGAGGUCUUCACCUCUACCGACAUGCACAGUUUUGCAUGCAAGCACUGUUAAUAUUUCUUUGGGAAAACUUUUUUUUUUGUUGUUUUGUUUUUUGUAGAAUCAUUUUUUAAACCACUAAUGAAUGAACAGAUUUACUAUUCCUACUGAAGUAGGGUUUAACAGUGUCCUCAUGGAGGUUCUUGUAUUAUCAGCACUUAACAAGUGGGUCUUUAUAUUUAUAUCAAUUGAUAGAAAACUCCAUCAAAACGGCUUUUAGAGGAACAGUUCCACGAACAUUGUUUGGUGGCUGAUGCAGUGUACUAAAGCAUCCUUCUACUGGCCCAUUGAAGUACUUACUUUAAGAAUACACAUCGUUGUAUGUGUGUCUGUGUAGUUUCAUGAUCACAUCAAGAAUCAGGGAUUCAGAAACUUAGUAGUCAAGCAUAGUUUCUCUGAUCUGAUGAAGAAGAAAAUCUCAGAGGUGAUUUUCAGUGCUGGUGUUUCUGCCAGACAUGAACUACCCACCAACAAUGACUUUAAUGGUGGAUUCAUUAUGCAAAGGUGAAAGAUCCACUAAGGCCAAAUCUGACUAAAGUGUUGUUUAGUCUUUUCUUUCAUGGAAGCUGCAAGAAGCUCACAUGCUUUUCUGAAUCCAUUUGAUGGAUGUUGUCUUUUUUGAGCAGUCUGGCCCAAUUUGGACGGGCUGUGUUACUUGUUUUGGGGGAGAAGAGAAAAUUCACUUGUACAUACACUAGGUUGGUGCAGUUUAUAAUCAGCUCACUUAUGGACUUAUGUAACUAUGAAUCAAUCAGAGCAAACCACACACAGUCUGCCUGGUUUCUAGAUUUCCGGGUCACAACAUGGUCCAAUUUUUAUUCUUUUUUUGAAAUUUCUUCAUUCCACCUAAUUUGGGUUAUAGGGAGACGGUUAAUUGCCACUUUCACACGCUGAAGCCUGAAGAUGAAAACUUGCAGUAUUAAGAAGAAUUUAAUCGUUAAAACUAACAUAAUCCAGUCUGAUGACAGCCUUAAACACAGCGGUGUCACAAUAUGACAUCACUGCCCUGUUUGGGGUCAUGCACACGUUAACCCUACAGCUCAGUAUUGUUUAUGAAAAAAUUAGUUUAAUUUAUAGUUGUGAAAUUAAAAAUAACUUGGCUAUACUGUUAUACAGGUGGCAUUGAAAGCAGUCAGGCAAGUUUAAAACUUGCUUGAAUCUUUAUUAUUAAUUUUAUUAUUACGAACUAAACUUUAAUUCCAAGAUGACAAUAGUUUUAUGUCUUCAGUGGAGUGACUCUUUGUCUCAUUCUUAUUAAUAGAUGAUCAUAUUUUGAUCAUGACCCAUGAUGUACAGAGGACAAAAUGUAUUAUUAAUGCCUUUUUAUUUAAAAUACACCUAUUUACUUUAUAACAAUCAGGCUUGAACAAUAUUAUUAUUUAAUCAUUAACUUAAACUAAUGUGUGGUGUUAUAUGAAGGGAUUCAGUUAUUAGUGGACAAACCACGAUUUCAGUCACUUUUUCAGAGCAGAUGCUGAUUAUUCGCAGUCAGUAAGCAUCUAUAUGGAUGAUUUUUCCCUCCUACACAGUGUUGAUUGUUAUGCUACUGAAACUUUAGUCUAGAAAGAUUCUGUAUUGGUAUUAAUACGCAAACUGUCACAAUAUUGUUCAUCUAUUAUGACAUGUGGCUACCUGGGGCUGUUGUGAAACUUUCAGUCAUAGGAAUAGUCUGACAGUGAGAAACUGAUACUAGUCAUAUGGUUGUAAGUGUUGAGCAACCUUUCUUUUCCAGUUAGACGGCUGACACUGUGGUAUUAACAGUGACCAGCAGCUGGGAAAGUUGUUUUCUUUCUGUCUUCUUGUCUACACUGACACUUUUUAGCCCCCAGUGUCCCACAUACUGCCUCAGAUAAGCAUUUGUUUGUUUUGAACUGAUCUCCGAACAAAAGAUUACAGUAUAUCCUGCAAUACUGUGAUGCAGGAUAUACUGGGGGGGGGGGGGGCUCGUCUGCCUUAUAAGCUUAUGAGUCAUUUGAUCAUCCAUGUGUUUACUGUUUGUUAUGAACGAGGCUUUAACCCCAGAAGUAUUGGGAUCUGUUGGAGCACUGAUUUGAAGUAAUGUCAAAUGUAAAGCUUUGUCCAGCCAUGAGCAGUAUGAUAGUAUGUACAAAGUAUGCAACACUGCUCCGUCUCUGGCUACCUGCCUUUUCAUGUCAGUGUUAUCAAAGCUAUUUGAAACUGAUCUCCAAAGAGUUUUUAAGUGUCAUUACACAUAAUGUAAAAGUAACUUAAAUAGCUCCCAAAAUUCAAGUCUAGAAAGGGAUUUUAAAAUCGUUUUAUUUGUUUAUUACGCAAAGGAAGAUAACAUGUAGCUGUUAAUGUGCUUCUGUUGUGUUAUGUUAAAUAACAUCUUUGUAAUCUUUGAACUUUACAUGUCUUUUUUUUUUUGGGUUGGUAUGUUAAUGUGUAUCAUUUGUGAUUUAUGUUGCAAUUCUUCAGUAUUCACAUUUUUAAAUACUACAGUGUUUAUGGUGUGCUGUGGAGAAAAAAAAAGAAAGACUUCUUCACCAAAAUACUGGUACCUGCAAUCAGCCAAGAAUAGUUUGCAAAGCAAAUAAAACAUGAGGAUAAACUAAGAA